AUGAGCACCAGCGGCGAGGAAUUUCCGUUAGAUAUAGACGACGAGCAAGACCUUCUUGACUUUAAAACCAGAUCGCUGAACGUCAAUUUCAAAGAUCCGAAUGAACUUUGGUCAGCUUUAUUCGAAGAAGAGAUACAAGAAUUUGAGCUACUGAUAAAAAUAAAGAAAACGGAAAGACGUAAUAUACGCGUUUUCGUAAAGAUCAUUUUCUACUAUAUUGGAUAUUAUUUGAAAUGUAUCCAGGAGACUGCCCGUGUUUUUGUGACUAUCUGUGAGAACAUGAGAAACAAUAAAAUCUUUAAAGAUACGGACGAGGCAAUAGAAUCCGUUAUAGAAUACGUAAAAGCCUCCACCUCCAUCUUGCAAAAAUCAGGCGUCGAGAUGAAACCCAUCUAUACGUCCGCGGCAUUCUCCGAGCUUCACCGAUUGCUAGCAGCAGCGAAGAAACAAAUUAUAACCUGCAAGAGCGACAAUCAGAAAUUCAAAAAGAGAUUUUUAUAA